GCAAUAAACCGUCUAUGGAAAUGUGAUACACACCCUGAAGAGAAAUACCUGAACAUAGCGCUAUGUGCAAGUAAUUUUUUAAGGUAAUCAAUCAUCAAGGUAAACAAUUUUAAAGCUUCUUUUUCUUUAAUCUUUAAAGUGAUUCUGGGUGUCGUGUCAGUAAAGUAAAAGAUUCAGUGUUUCUAAAAUGGCAAAUGGUCUGACAAACAUUCUUGAAGACUGGAAAUCUUUGGAGGAAGAGUAUCAUCAACUUCAGGUAAGAAACAGAUUAAAAACUGCUGAUAGUAUCAGAAAAUUGACAUGGGGCUGCCCUAUAUGUCACCUUUCACAUAAUAUUUGCUUGCUCCUGUGUUACUUGGACGAAAUGAUAAAAUGUUGUGAAUAGCAUGACUUCAAUCUCUUGUCAUAAUCGUCAUAUUGUUGGUUUCCUAUUGAAUUGUUAGGCUGCGCUCAAUACCGUAUCUGCCAUAACCAAAAAAAAAGGUGAACUGCUCCUUUCUAUCAAACUUUUCUGUGAUUAUUUAUUUCACUUUGUUCUUGUUAUCCAGGAGACCCACAGAGUGUACUUACAAAAAUUGGAUGAAAUUUCUAAACUUCAAAAAAACUGCUCUUCCUCCAUUGCAAAUCAGCGCAAAACACUAAAAGAUGUGUCCCGUCUCGUGGAAAAGUAAGUACUGCGUAGAUAUCUAGGAUUUACAGAUGGAUACAGUGCAUCAGGUUGUGUAAAUAUGCUUACGGUCACAAGAGGACCAUUUAGUGGACUCCUAUCAAGUUAUCACAAAAAAAAACCAAACAUGUCAUGUUGAGUCAGUGAUAAUGACUGUUUUAUGCUGUUGUUCCAUCCAUUAGAUGCAGCACAGGACCAUCAGCGGACGAUGUUAAGGCACUGGAGGAGAUAAAAGAAAAAAUAAAGACACGCCCAAAUGCUUUCGCUGAAAUGGAGGCUUUCCUUCCCAAGAAAAACGGGUGAUGACCUCAAUUCAGUCAAAAGCCCUAAAUAUGCAAGUUGACCUACAUUUAGUGUUUUGUAUGAAACAAAUAAGAAUAAUACAACUGUUCUGUGUUGCAGGUUGUACCUCAGCCUUGUUCUUGGAAAUGUGAAUGUCACCCUCCUCAGCAAGCAAGCAAAGUGAGCAUUGAACAUCACAGUCAAAACACAACACAAAUAUCAAGGCCAGUAAUAAUUUCCACAGUAACACAGUCUGUUUGGGGCUAAAAACAUCAAAUUAAUACCACUUUAGACAUAUCUGUGAGCUUAAACUCUGUGAAUUUUGACUCAAUAACUUCACCAAACACUUAUUUGGCCAAUAAAAUCCUGCCCAUUCGUUUUUAAGACCUUCAUUAGAAAUGCUGUGACCUAAAUUUGCUGCAUCCUUGUCAGGUUUGCCUACAAAGAUGAGUAUGAGAAGUUCAAGCUGUACCUCACUGUGCUCCUGCUGCUGUUCUCCUUCAUGUGCUAUUUCUUUGUGGACUACAGGUAAGUUGUCGGAGGUUAGAUCAAGUUUAGGACACAUCCACAUUAUGUACUUUAUGUCUGAAUCUAACUCCUGUCUGACUGUAUUUCAUUGAAUUUAGAUUUCUUGAUGCACUCCUGAAUUUCCUGCUGGUGUGGUACUACUGUACAUUAACUAUCAGGGAAAGUAUCCUCAUCACAAAUGGCUCCAGGUUAGCACCAACAGCUCUCCAAUAUGCCCAGCAAUUUAGAAACUGAAACGCUUUAUACCUUUAAUUUUUUCCUUUAAACUAGUCGUUUUUCACUAUGUCAUUAGUAUGUGAAAUCCAUACAUCUAAAUAUAGCAUAAAAUGUGUCCCCUAUCAUAGAAUCAAAGGCUGGUGGGUUUUUCAUCACUACAUCUCAGCUGUUUUGUCCGGUGUCAUGCUUACAUGGUAAGUAGCAAAAACAAGAAACUUAAUUCAUUUUGAUAUAUUCAAACUCAGAGAAUUUCCACAGAUAAACUGCACGAGCGGUGUGACAUUUGUUCCUGUGAGAUGAAUAAUAAGUUGUAAAAACUGAGGCUUUUCUAUGCACAAACAAAUCUCUUCUUUCGUCAAAAGGCCAGAUGGAAACCUGUACAAGAUAUUCAGGAACCAGUUCCUUGCCUACUCCUUGUACCAGAGUAAGAACCAAGCACUCAAGUUUCAAUCAUGGUCCAAUUUUUUUCCAAAGCAAAGCCUUAAUGAGUGCUUCUUUCAUGUGGCACCCACAGGUUUUGUCCAGUGUCUGCAGUGCUAUUAUCAGAGUGGGUGUCUGUACAGAUUGCGAGCUCUGGGAGAAAGACACAACAUGGAUCUGACUGUGGGUGAGAUACAAGGACACAAGAUGCAGACACAUUUUGACAACCAUAGUGUUAUUAAAUAUUAGGUAAACGUUUGCAAUGCUAUUAUACAGGACUUGACCUAUACAAGAAGAAAAAAAGAAAUGAAACUCUUGACUCUUUUGGUUUUCAGAGGGAUUUCAGUCAUGGAUGUGGAAAGGGCUGACGUUUCUGUUACCCUUCCUCUUUUUUGGUCACGUAAGUGCGGUUAAUGAUUUGAACUUGAGAAAAUUCCACUGACAUGAGUCAGGCUGCGUAAAAGAAAAUAUUGCUUUGUCAGGGAUCAGACUAGGUAAAAAAAAAAUGCUGAGAAAUGUUGAGAAAUGCUGAUGUCACUCCAGACUAAAUAUUUUUUCUGAGACCGUGUUCGAGUUUUUGUUGGUCCCAAUGACAGCUUAAUCUUUGCCUUGUCUCUACAAACUGCAUCAACUCACUGUUAACAAAACAAACCCUCAAGUCUUCAUGUUUUGUCUUGUAGUUCUGGCAGCUCUUCAAUAGUCUUUCUCUCUUCAAAAUGGCUCAGCUCCCAGACUGUAAAGAAUGGCAGGUCAGUGCUUUCACCAAUAAUGAGUCUGAACAGGUCAUCCUGAUUCUACUUUCAUAUUGUUAAAAUAUAUAUUGAAUUCAUCUUUCACCCAGCCUUAUUUAUGCCAAAAAGGCUAAGUAUGUGUAUCAACAGUGUUAUUCAUACACAUAAUAUGACGAUAUCUUUCUGACAUUUCAUUUUUUGAUGCACCGGUGGAGUUUCUUUGUGGAACCAGGACAUUUGAACAUUGGUUCAAAUAGUUUUUGUUUAUUUAUUUAGUAACAAUGACUUACUCUGAGUCUCACACUGAUGUCUGUGUUCCACUUAAUGCCAGGUCCCGAUGUGUGGUCUCUGCUUCCUUAUUCUGUUCAUGGGAAACUUCUUCACUACUGUUGCUGUGGUCCGUCAGAAGAUGAAGAGCAGGAGUCAAAAAACAAAGAGUCUGUGAUACGUGUUCCUGUCCUGAUUUAAGUUAAAAUGAUCGUUCAUUCAGUCAAUAUUAAUUUUCUGUUUCUAUUCACUCACUAUAUUACAAGUCCGAAGAAAGAGAUUGCAUAAAGAUUCAUGUAGGUUCAUGAAUAUGAAACCACUAUCGUUAUAUAUCAAUCAUCUUAAAGAGUCAUUAUGCUCCAAACUCUAUGUCUGUAUGGUUUGAGAAAUCACUCUGACAGUAAAAAAAAUCCUCAAAAUAAAGUUGAUAAUUUGAGACACUC